UUCGUCCGGUCUCCGACGCACGCAGCUCCAGACACAGGAAAAAGAGGGACUGAAAGAAAACCACUCUACUUGGUGGCUCUUCAGAUCUCUCUCUCUCUCUCUCUUGCUUCUUCUUCUCCUCCUCCUCCUUAUUCUUCUAUGUCUCGACCCCCAAACCGCGAGUUUCAGGAAUGGUGGAACAAGCAGCGAGCUACGAACCAUGACCUUGUUGAUGACAAAUCCGACGGCUCCACUCGCUCUUUCCUCACCGUUGACAUUCAAACUGUCCCUUCCGAUCGAGAGUCGGUGGAGAAGGAGCGUGCCCGAAGUGCUCGUCAGCUUUCCUGGGUUUGCCUUUUAAGAUUCCAGCAAAUCGCGACUUCUCUUGCUUGGCUGUCCAAUGGCUUUCUCUCAUUAGUCCGCACCGCUAACCGCAGGAUUGCCUCGCCUGAUUCGCGUUCCGAUUCCAAGUCGUCCAGGCUUUAUCGUGCAAUCAAGGUGUUCUUGGUUGUCGUUCUCCUUUUGCUUGUGUUUGAGCUAGUUGCUUACUUCAAAGGAUGGCAUUUCAGCCCGCCGUCGGCUCGUGCCGACGUGUAUGGAAUGAUUGGUCUUAUUUAUGCGAGAUGGCUUGAGAUUCGGGCAAAUUACCUGGCGCCGCCGCUGCAGAGCUUAACCAAUAUGUGCAUUGUGCUCUUCUUGAUACAGUCGAUUGAUAGAGUGAUUUUGAUCUUGGGAUGUUGCUGGAUCAAAUUCCGGCGUCUGAAACCAGUGGCGGCCAUGGAGUAUCCAACAAAUGCUAAGAAUGAGGAUGUGAAUGUGGAGGAUUAUCCAAUGGUUUUAGUUCAGAUUCCAAUGUGCAAUGAGAGGGAGGUCUAUCAGCAAUCUAUUGCCGCAGUUUGUAUCCUGGAUUGGCCCAAGGAGAGAAUGCUUGUGCAGGUCCUUGAUGAUUCUGAUGAAGUAGAUAUCCAACAUCUUAUCAUGGCAGAAGUACAGAAAUGGCAACAUAGAGGUGUGCGAAUAGUAUAUAGACAUCGUCUCAUACGGACUGGCUAUAAGGCAGGGAAUCUCAAAUCAGCAAUGAAUUGUGAUUAUGUUAAAGAAUACGAGUUUGUGGCAAUAUUUGAUGCUGAUUUUCAGCCAGCACCGGAUUUCUUAAAAAGGACAAUACCUCAUUUUAAGGGGAGAGAUGAUUUAGCAUUGGUCCAGACACGAUGGGCAUUUGUAAACAAGGAUGAGAACUUGCUUACGAGAUUGCAGAAUAUAAAUUUAUCUUUCCACUUUGAGGUUGAACAACAGGUCAAUGGCGUGUUCAUUAACUUCUUUGGUUUCAAUGGAACUGCCGGUGUCUGGAGGAUAAAGGCUCUUGAGGAGAGUGGUGGCUGGUUGGAACGAACUACUGUUGAGGACAUGGAUAUUGCUGUUCGAGCUCAUCUCUGUGGAUGGAAGUUCAUCUUUCUAAAUGAUGUGAAGUGCCUUUGUGAACUCCCUGAGACCUAUGAGGCGUAUAAGAAGCAGCAACACCGCUGGCAUUCUGGUCCAAUGCAAUUGUUUCGUUUGUGUUUUGUUGAUAUACUCCGUUCAAAGGUGAAUUGGGUCAAGAAGGCCAACUUAAUAUUCCUUUUCUUCCUCCUAAGGAAGCUUAUCCUGCCAUUUUAUUCAUUCACCCUCUUUUGCAUCAUUCUUCCAUUGACCAUGUUCCUUCCAGAAGCUGAGCUGCCAACCUGGGUUGUUUGUUAUGUUCCAGGAACCAUGUCUAUUCUAAGCAUUCUUCCAUGUCUCCAUGCAUUUCCAUUUAUAGUGCCUUACCUUCUAUUUGAGAAUACUAUGUCGGUUACUAAAUUUAAUGCUAUGAUUUCUGGAUUAUUUCGCUUUGGAAGUUCUUAUGAGUGGGUGGUUACAAAAAAAUUGGGAAGAUCAUCAGAGACAGAUCUGGUUGCUUUUGAGAAGGAAUCUGAGCCUCUAAUGAGAUCUACCAGUCUUCACAGGUCAUCUUCAGAUUCAGGCAUUGAGGAGCUAAGCAAACUAGAAUUGUCGAAGAAAACAGGGAGAAAUAAGAAAAAUCGUUUGUACAGGAAAGAACUUGCUCUUGCAUUCAUAUUAUUAACUGCCUCAGUUAGAAGCUUAUUAUCAGCUCAAGGAAUUCACUUCUACUUCCUGCUAUUUCAAGGGAUAAGUUUUCUGGUUAUUGGUCUUGAUUUGAUUGGAGAGCAAGUUAGUUGAUUUCCAGGCUUGGAUUUUUGGUGUGGAUUCAAAACUUCUUAUAUGGGGAUAUGAAGGAAGGUCAGAAUGGCCAAAUCUCAUUCCCAUUUGGGCACAUUGAUGUCAGCCAAAGCUAUUUAUUUCUAUAGGUUUUGGCUCUCAAUUAAGUUAGCCUCUUGCUUCUUGGCACAAACUAGCUUUUCUUGUUCAUUUUUUGCUGUAAGGACUUCGGUCUCUUUGUUGUUGCCAAGUCAGUAGUCACGUGUAUAACUCGAGAGUCAUAUAUCCCUUCUUGUGUUGGAUUAGAGAUGAGUGGGAAAGUCGAGUCAUUCAAAACUAGCAUCAAAUGGGUUCAUAUUUCCGACCCAUGACUAGUAUAUACAUUGUCGCUUGCAAACGCAAUAUUUGUUCAUUAGAUUAUUCUAUUUGUAACUUUAAUUUUUCUAAUUUUCAUGUGGUUUAAAUCAAUUUGUACCAAGGACAGUGGAACUUCUGACACAGCUUGUCGAGAGCAAUUUAAUAAUUGUUUUGGAUUAA